CCCAUUCCUAUUCCCUAACCCUCUUCUCAACCUCCAUUCCCCACUCUCGUUCUCCCACCUCCAUUCCUGUCCCUCACUUUAGCCUCCACUCCAACCCCACUCCUAGCCUCCACACCCCAUCUCCCCAAACACUAACCUCCACUCCAACCCCCAUUCCUGUUCCCUAACCCCCUUCCCAGCCUCCAUUUCCCAGUCUCAUUCUCCCACCCCCAUUCCUGUCCUUCACCUUAGCUUCCACUCCAACCCCAUUCCACACCCUGUCUUUCCCAACCCCUUUCCUAGCUUCCACACCCCAUCUCCCCAAACACUAACCUCCACUCCAACCCCCAUUCCUGUUCCCUAACCCCCUUCUCAACCGCCAUUCCCCACUCUUGUUCUCCCACCUCCAUUCCUGUCCCUCACUUUAGCCUCCACUCCAACCCCACUCCUAGCCUCCACACCCCAUCUCCCCAAACACUAACCUCCACUCCAACCCCCAUUCCUGUUCCCUAACCCCCUUCCCAGCCUCCAUUUCCCACUCUCGUUCUCCCACCCCCAUUCCUGUCCUUCACCUUAGCUUCCACUCCAACCCCAUUCCACACCCUGUCUUCCCCAACCCCACUCCUAGCCUCCACACCCCAUCUCCCCAAACACUAACCUCCACUCCAACCUCCAUUUCUACUCCCUAACCCCCUCCUCAACCUCCAUUCCCCACUCUCAUUCUCCCACCUCCAUUCCUGUCCCUAACUUUAGCCUCCACUCCAACCCCACUCCUAGCCUCCACACCCCAUCUCCCCAAACACUAACCUCCACUCCAACCCCCAUUCCUCUUCCCUAACCCCCUUCCCAGCCUCCAUUCCCCACUCUCGUUCUCCCACCCCAUUCCUGUCCCUCACCUUAGCCUCCACUCCAACCCCAUUCCACACCCCCGUCUCCCCCAACCCCUUUCCUAGCUUCCACACCCCAUCUCCCCAAGCACUAACCUCCACUCCAACCCCCAUUCCUGUUCCCUAUCCCCCUUCCCAGCCUCCAUUCCCCACUCUCGUUCUCCCACCCCCAUUCCUGUCCCUCACCUCAGCUACCACUCCAACCCCUCCCACAUUCCCAUUGCCCCAUUCCCAGAUGCCACACCACAUGGCCUUACCCGCAGCCCCGUUCCCAGAUUCCAGCCUCUGCUGUCUUUCCUCUAGCCCCAUCCCAUUCCCCUCACCCUAGCCCCAUUUCCAUCUCCACCCCUCCAUUCCCAUUUCCAACCACCAACACUUGUGUUUCCUUAGCCCAUUCCCCUCCUCAGGCUCCCAGGGAGUGAUGGCGGCCCAGCAGGGCCAGGGGCUGGGCCUAGGGGCUCGGUGAGAGGCCGCCUGGCAGAUCUGGGCCUCCCUGCCCUGUGUUCUGUUUGACCCCGGCCGAAGAAAAGUGGCUCAUUCCCCACCUGCCGUCUACCGGGCCAGGGGCACGGGGACCCCGGCUCCUGGAGCAGAGCCCCAGCAGCCAGACGUCCAUGGCCACGAUGCAGGAGCCGCAGGAGACAGUGGAGGAGACGGUGACCGUGGAGGAGGACCCCGGGACGCCCACCUCGCACGUGUCCAUCGUCACGUCGGAGGAUGGGACCACGCGGAGGACGGAGACCAAGGUGACCAAGAUGGUGAAGACGGUGACCACGCGGACGGUGCGGCAGGUGCCCGUGGGCCCGGACGGGCUGGCCCUGCUGGACGGCUGCCCCUCGCUGGGCGGCUGCGCGGACUCCACGGACCGGCGCUUCCCGAAGACCGGCGAGCGCUACCUCCCCGCCGCCGCCGCCGCCUCCUCCUCCUCCUCCUCCUCCACGCUGGGCCGCGCCUUCCGCCCCGGCUACGGGGACGCCGGCUACGGGGAGCCCCCCGGCGAGCCGCCCGACGCCUACGGCAGCCUCUCCCGCGGCCUCCGCUUCCGGCCCCGCUACGCCGCCUACGGCGCCGGCCCCCGGGCCGAGGACGGCGGCUUCCCUCCGCCCGGCCGGCGGGAGCCCGGGGGGCCGCAGCCCCAGGCCCCGGACCCCGCGGGCCCGAGCCGGUCGCAGCCGGAGCGCUUCCAGCCCGAGCCCUACGGCCUGGAGGAUGACAACCGCAGCCUGGCGGGCGCCGAGGACGAGGCCUACGAUCUGGACGCCGACUACUCCACGGUCGGACGCGGGCCGCCCGCCGACCGGGCCCGGGCACACAGGGCCAGGGCGGACCCGUCGGAGGGGCAGCCGGCGGCGCCCCUGGCCCAGCCGGAGCGGGGCAGCCUGGCCAGCGUGGACCGGCUGGGCGAGCGGUCCCCGUCCCUGGACAGCGCCCGCAAGGACGCCCGCUGGCGCGACCCCGAGCUGCCCGAGGUGAUCGCCAUGCUGCGCCACCCGCUAGACCCGGUCAAGGCCAACGCGGCGGCCUACCUGCAGCACCUGUGCUACGAGAGCGAGCCCACCAAGCGGGACGUGCGGCGGCUGCAGGGGGUCCCGGCCCUGGUGGGCCUGCUGGGCCACCCCCGGGCCGAGGUCCACCGGCGGGCCUGCGGGGCCCUCCGCAACCUCAGCUUCGGCCGCGACGGCGGCAACAAGGCCGCCAUCCGGGCCUGCCGCGGCGUCCCCGCCCUGGUCCACCUCCUGCGGCGCACCGCCGACCUCGAGGUGCGCGAGCUCGUCACCGGCACGCUGUGGAACCUGUCGUCCUACGAGCCCCUCAAGAUGGAGAUCAUCACCCACGGCCUGCAGACCCUCACCGACGAGGUCAUCGUCCCCGACUCGGGCUGGGAGAGCGAGCCCAACGAGGACUCCAAGCCGCGGGAAGCCCGGUGGACCACCCUCUUCAAGAACACGUCCGGCUGCCUGAGGAACGUGAGCUCGGACGGGGCCGAGGCCCGCCGGAAGCUGCGGGAGUGCACCGGUCUGGUGGACGCCCUGCUCCACGCCCUGCUGUCCGCCGUGGGCAAGAAGGACACGGAUAACAAGUCGGUGGAGAACUCGGUUUGCAUCAUGCGGAACCUCUCGUAUCACGUGCACAAAGAAGUCCCGGGGGCGGAGAGGUACCGGGAGCCCGAGGCCCGGCGCGCGGCCGCUGCCCAGAGGAAGAAGAAGGAAGACGUCAGCUGCUUCGGGGGCAAAAAAGCCAAAGAGGAGUGGUUCAGUAAAGGGAAGAAGCUGGCCGGGCUGGACCGCACCUUCGACACCCUCGACUCGCCCAAGCGCACGGAGGCCGCCAAAGGCUUCGAGCUUCUGUACCAGCCGGAGGUGGUGCGACUCUACCUGGCCAUCCUCACCGGCUCCCGGAACCUCAACACCCUGGAGGCGGCCGCAGGAGCCCUGCAGAACCUCAGCGCCGGAAACUGGACGUGGUCCACCCAGAUCCGGGCGGCGGUGCGGAAGGAGAGGGGGCUGCCCGUGUUGGUGGAGCUCCUGCAGUCGGACUCGGACAAGGUGGUGCGGGCCGUGGCCAUCGCUCUCCGGAACCUCUCGCUGGACCAGAGCAACAAGGACCUCAUAGGCGUGUACGCCAUGCGGGAACUGGUGAGGAACCUGUCCGCCCGGGAGCAGAGGCCGGCCAAGGCCCUGGAGGAGGACACGGUGGUGGCCGUGCUCAACGCCAUCCACGAGGCCGUCACCGACAGCGCCGAGAACGCCCGCACCCUGGUGCACACCCAGGGCGUCCAGAACCUGGUGGCCAUCAGCAAGACCAGCCCGUCGCUGAGGGAGACCAAGGCGGCGGCCCACGUCCUGCAGGUGGUCUGGAGCUACAAGGAGCUGCGCGGCGCCCUGCUGAAGGACGGCUGGAACAAGUCCCAUUUCCAGUUGGCCCCGUCGACGGCACCCAGGGGCUCCCGAGGCUCGGGCCAGGCGGGCUACGAUGACAGCACUUUGCCUCUGGUGGACAAGAACCACGAUGAGAGGACCGUGGGCCGCGACGGGAUCCCCAUGGACGAGCUGGGCCCAGACGGCUACUCCACCAUUGACCAGAGGGACAGGGGCCACAGAGCCAGAGCCGGGGGGGACGCCAUCGCCGCCCCCGCCGACGGCAAGGGGCCUCUAAAAAGUGAGCCCCCCGGCAAGGCCCCGGCCGUCAGCCUGCUGGACCCCCGGGACCCCCGGCCGCAGCCGGUGGACUCCUGGGUGUAGCCAGCCGGGCCGGGCUGAGCGCCCCGGCCGCCCGCACCGCGUUUUCGGGGUGAAGAGGAGCGGGGGGUCCCGGCGUCCCUGCGGGACCGAGGGGCUUUAACCAGGACCUCAGCCUUCCCGACGGACACGCCGUCCCUUCCCACCACACUGCUGCCCCAGUCCCCUCCCCUACAUUGCCGCCCUCCCUCUCACCUCCAUCCAUCCCCCAGCCCCUGCUCCCCCGACUCCUCGGGGGUCGCAGAGAGGCGGACAGGACGCGGGGGGCCGCGAGGAUCUGGAUUUGCAGAGACACCCCCCCUGCAAGGCCGAGCGGCCAGAAGGGUGAGGGAGAGGCGUUCCCCCAUCCCCUGUCCCCCGGCAGAUAGCACUUUCCGUUGGGACUCUGGGGAACUGUGAAUUUCUUUUAUUUUUUUCUCUUUUCUUUUUCCUUUAAAGCUCACGUAGCCCCUCUGACUAACCUGAGUUUUUGUCUGCGAUGCACUGGAGGCCGGGGGGCGGUGGGGAGGGUCGCCCCCCGGGACCCGGUAUCGAGUGGAUUGGCGCGAAAAGCGUGUGAGGGCCCCACGCGGGGCCCCCUCCCCUCUCUCUUCCUCUCCCCUCUCUUUCCCCCUCCAUCCCGGCCUCCGAACCCCGGGGUCGGGCAACCCAGCCGGGGCCGACGGCUACAUCCGGGGAGUUUUAGUGCCUGCCGAUUCCUUUGUAAUUAAAAUAAAGAAAAGGAACCAUAAAAAAAAGGAAUACCAAAAUAUUCUACUGUAUUCGUAAACCUCUACAUGCUUUUGUAAAUAAUUAAAGUACUAAAAAAGCA